UCGACCAGUUUUCGCCGAUUUGACAAAUCAAGCAGAACAAACAGCUGUUUAUCGAGCGGCCGAAUGAAAUCUGCGAAUGCGCCAGUGCCAAAAAAAGGGAAUACGUCAAAAAAAUCAUUCAUUUUUUGUGAGUGAUUUUCAUUUAAUUCGUUUCAAAUCUCGUAGUGCAUUGGUGUCUGGAAGCACGGAAUAACAAAUUUCCACAAAUCUACAAAAAUUGUAAAUAAUGUCAAAAAAUGUUGAAAAUGUAAAAGAAUUUUACGCAAACGAUAUUGUGUAUCGUUUCGACAAAAACAAAAAAAUUGUAUUUGGAGUAGUAGCCGAUAGUUACAACUAUGAGACAUCUUCAGAAAUAUCUGAUAAUCAACUGGAAAAGGGGCAAAUUCGGGUGUUGUGGCACAACAGGCCAAAUGAGCAAGUUUGGAGGCAGAAUAAAGUUACGCUUCUAGCAAGGAACAUCGUUCCUGGCGAAAUAGUAAGACGGUUGGAAAAUGGAAAGGAAACUCAAAGGGGGUACUGCAAAAGUACUAAAAAAACAUUCACCGUACAAAUCGUGGGAACUGAUAAAAUCAUUGAACAUGUCUCCUGCAACAGACUUCACAAUCUUAGGCCUUUCGAGGUGGAUGACGCAGUAUGCCUGAGAUCUAAAUUUGGUCGAGUUGAUGUAGUUGAUCAAGAGAUAACAAUGACUUCUAAAUGUGGCUCAGUAGUCCAAGUCUUAACUAGUAUCAACAAUGAUCUUGAAGAUUUUUGGCUGGUUAAAAAGAACAGACCGUCAUUUGAAGGAUUCUACCCUGGUCAAGAAUUGGUCUGUGUACCGAGUUCUUUGGAACAACCUCUCUGGAUUAAAAAAUCAAAAGCGAUGAAGAGAAACAUGGAGAGUAGUCAAAGAUUUACCGUUCAAACAGUGAAAGACUGCAUGGUAGAAGUUGCUUGGUUUAGUGGAUCGGAUGGGGAGAGUUUGUUUUCCGAGAUUAAAGCAGAAGAAAUGAAAGACUUGAAAGUUCUGGAACACACGUAUGACUUUUUGGACACCAGAAAACUGUUGAAAAUCAACUCUUCCGACAUUAUAAUUAAAAAAAAAGAUUGGAUACGUAGACAGACCGCUCUUUACAGGCGGGAGUCACCGAAAGUCAAGUCAAAUUCUGAUAAUAACAGUUCUGCUGAAGUUUCCAAAGAUCAUAAUUCGUCCCAACAGAAUAAAAGUGAAAUCUCCGAUUCGGAAGAUGAAGAAUGGUGUACCGAAGAUGACGAGGAAUCCGAGCCUGCCAGCGAAUCGUCUUCGAAGACUUUGCUGAAGGAAAAGUUCAGCAAAAAACAUUAUCCUCCCAGACCAGAAGAAUUGUUACCAGGAAAGGGUGUAGCUGUUGAGGUCUUAUGUAUGGAUGCAAAAGCCACAGUGGUAUGGCAGGAUGGCACUGAAGAAGCUAAUAUUCCGUCAACUCAGUUAUACUAUUCCAUUUCCUUGGAUGAACAUGAAUUUGUUCCUGGGGAAUGGGUAACAUAUAAUGAAAAAGAAAUAUUUCCGAAAAAUAAAUAUGGAGUUGUUCAAUAUGCAAACUACUCCGAAAGAAUCGCUAUGGUGAAAUGGUUCCUUUAUAAUGAGAUUGAGAAAACCCAAACAGAACUUCCAUCCAGUGAAAUGAGUGUAUACGAUUUGAAGAAGCAUCCCAAAUUUUUGUUCAGACCGGGUUCGGUGGUUCGUGCAAAGCCCGUCCAAGACUACAAAAUGGGCAAAGUGAUAGAUAGCAGCCCCCAAGGUUAUAUUUUGGUGAAGUGGAUUGAUGGGUCAGAAGAAAACUGCCGGCCCCACGACAUCGAAAUUAUUCCUGAAACGUCAGACUAUGAGUUAUCAGACGAAGAGGACACGGACAGUAAGGGACAAUAUUCUUGGGAAACGGAAAGUGUAGAGUCAUUCACUGGUGGAGACAUAACCGACGAAACCACCCUGCAAAAUAUGGCUGCCAGAUUGGAUUUCAUAAGGAAUAGGAUAAUUUAUUUCAAAGAGGCUUUCAAAAAACACGUAUUGCAGGACAAUCUGCUGUAUCUAAAGGACCUCCUAUUGGUUUAUGACAACUCGAGUUACUUAGAUAAGCUGUUGGGAACUUCUUUCUUCAGUAUAAAAAGCAAACAUUUUCAGGUUCUUUUAACUCAAGCCAAGGAAAGAGCAAAGCUUGCCGGUGUCGAAUUCAGGGGUAGACUCUUCGCCAAUGAUAACCUAUUUCCUUCGAUGGCAAAAAUAAAGGUUGCAGAAAAGGAGAAUCUCCAGAAGGUGUUGAAACUCGAGAACAAGGUCAACGCUCAGAUGGAAGAAAAAAAAUUAUCAACAGAAACUACUACGGAGCCCGAUGAAUCUCAGAUAAGCCACAACAAUUUAUGCAUCGAACUUCUGUCGAUGCUCAAGUUGAGGAUGGACCUGGCCUAUGCUGAAAUCAUAAGUAAAAUCGGAGGUGUUCAAGCCCUGACGAUAAUGACCCAAGCGUCCGAAGCUCGGACAGAGCCCACUUGUAGAACGCCCUUGCCCAGCAUGCCUGUCACCCCCGAGGACUCUUUUUCCUCCCUAAGUCCGCCGAAGUGGAUGUCCCCAGCCCAAAGCGUCGACAACGAGGCGUACUACGUUUUGGAAGAAGCGCCGGUCACUCAUCAUUUUUACAGCAGUAAAUUCGAGCCAACGGAUCAACAGAGAUUCCUCAAAGCGAUUCAGAAAGAAUACUCUCUCUUGAAUGAAUCACUGCCACCAGGUGUUUGGGUAAGAUCCUUUGGCAACCGUAUAGACCUUCUGUCUGUAAUAAUUGAAGGUCCCGCCAAUACACCAUAUGAAGACGGUUUGUUCGUCUUUGACAUACAACUAAGUCAGGAUUAUCCAAGAUCACCCCCCUUGGUCCAUUAUGUCAGCUACUCAACAGAAAGAUUGAAUCCAAAUUUGUAUGUCGAAGGAAAAGUUUGCGUUUCUCUACUUGGCACGUGGAUGGGGAAAGGGACGGAAGUUUGGGGCCCAGACAGCACCCUUUUACAGCUCAUUGUCUCGAUCCAAGGUCUCAUAUUGGUCUCUGAACCCUACUACAACGAAGCUGGCUACGAGAAGCAGACGGACACUCAGCAGGGCUACGAAAAUUCCAGGACUUACAAUGAACUUGUGAUAUUGAAACUAGUACAAUCAAUGACGGAAAUGUUACUUUCUCCCCCUGAAGUCUUCAAGCAGAUAGUGUACAGCCAUUUCGCCAUCAAAGGCGAGAAAUUAUGUCAGCGAUUACAAAAGUACUGCCUCGAUACUGAUCCGCUAAAACCUGAAUUUCCACUUUUACCGGUUAGCAAAGGCCUGAAACUAUCCCUAACUACUGCCCUUGAUUCGUUUCAAGCAACUUUGAAGAAAGUUUUAAGCAAUAAUAUUGAAAAAGUCGAAUGUUAAAUUUACUGAAUAUAUAGUGAAGUCGAGAAGUUACCUACGUCUACUAGGAUUACUUUUUAAGGUAUAUUGGGGCGAACCAAAGUAUCUUCAAAAAUAAAAAUUGAUCUAGAGGGACCUUGGUUCAUUUCGUGUUUAUAUUUUAUUGAUCUGUAUUGUUUUUUCCAGUCUCUAUCGAAAAUCUUAUGUCUAAUUAUGUGAUAUUUAUUGUGAUUUAUUUAUUGCAUUACAAAAUUAACUUAUUAUAUUACCAAAUUAAGAACAACUAUUCAAUCUAGAUGAAAUUUUUCAUCUAAGCUGUAUUUUUUUUUUAUAAAUGUUGAGAUUUAUUUGCAAGUAUUCAUGAUUCUCAUCAAUUUUUAUUGGUUAUCAUAAAUUAUGGAAGUGGCUUGUGAUUUGUUAUAAUUUUUGUACAAAAAUACAGAACAUAUAGUUAAA